AUGUAUGCUCAGAGCCCGGUGCAGGCUCUGAUCAAUGACUUCCAGGGCACCCCCACCUUCAACUACAAAGCAGCUCACGUCUUCUUCAUCAACCGUGAGUAUCGGGGGUCGGGGGAUCCCCCAGCUGGGAGCCUGGACAGCAGCACACUGAAGCCCGGGGUCAUCGUUGACUCCUGUGUGGCCCUGCUGGCUUGCCCAGGUUCCCCACAGGCGUGCAGCACUACUGCCCCUGCUGUGCCCGGUCUGGCCCCGUCCGUGGGGGCUGGCGCUGUGCUGGGGGUCCUGAGCCCUGUGCCUGUCACUCCCACCCACUGCCUCUGCCUUGCAGCCUGUCCUGAGCCUCUGUUCAACGAGCUGAUCAUCAAGGCCAUCAAAACCCUCAAGGAGAUCAACAUGGCCUUCCUGCCCUACGAGAGCCGGGUGUACUCCCUGGACGGGCCACAGACCUUCCACAACUGGUUCAGCCCCUACCACUUCUUCGAAAAGAACAAGCAGAUGGAGAUGCUGGCAGAGCAGAUUGCCACAUUGUGUGAAACCCUGGAGGAGUAUCCAGCUAUCCGUUACAGGAAGGACCAUGAAGAUAACUUCCACUUGGCGCACGCUGUGCUGGCCAAACUCAAGGUGUUCAAGGAAUACGAGCCCAGCAUGGGACAGGGCCCCGACAAAACCCAUUCUCAGCUGUGGAUCGUGGACCGGAGCUUCGACCUGGUGUCCCCGCUGCUGCACGAGCUCACCUACCAGGCCAUGGCCUACGACCUGCUCAGCAUCGAGAAAGACACCUACAAGUACGAGACGACGGGCAUCAGCGACUCGCGGGAGAAAGAGGCGCUGCUGGACGAAGACGACGAACUCGGGGUGCAGCUACGCCACAUGCACAUCGCUGACGUCUCCAAGAAGGUGACGGAGCUGCUGCGCACCUUCUAUGAGAGCAAGAGGCUGACCACGGAUAAGACCAACAUCGAGGACCUGUCCCAGAUCCUGAAGAAGAUGCCCCAGUAUCACAAAGAGCUGAACAAGUACUCCACGCACCUGAACCUGGCUGAGCACUGCAUGCGGCACUUCAAAGGGACGGUGGAGAAGCUGUGCAGCGUGGAGCAGGACCUGGCCAUGGGAACGGACGUGGACGGGGAGAAGAUCAAGGACCCCAUGAAGAUCAUCGUGCCCGUUCUGCUGGACCCCAGCGUGCAGGCCUACGACAAGAUCCGCAUCAUCUUGAUCUACAUCUUCCUGAAGAAUGGUAACGCCACAGGCCUGCAGGGGGAGCACUGCGGGGCCUGCUGCUGCAAGGGGUGCUCCUGGAGUGUGGACAAGGAGAACCUCACCAAGCUGAUCCAGCAUGCCAACAUCCAGCAGCAGAGAGACAUCAUCCACAACAUGCAGUUCCUGGGCAUUUCUCUCACGCCUGGGAGCGGGCAGCUGCGACCGGAGAGGAAGGUGCGGCUGGAAUCCACCUACCAGCUCUCCCGCUGGACCCCCAUGCUCAAGGAUGUCAUGGAGGACAUCAUUGAGGACAAACUGGACAAUAAUCUAUGGCCCUUUGUCUCGGACCCUGUCCCUACCACCAGCUCCCAGGCUGUUGUCAGUGCCCGCUUUGGGCAUUGGCACAAGAACAAGCCAGCGGCUGAGUACCAGACGGGCCCGCGCCUCAGCAUCUAUGUGCUGGGUGGGGUGUCCAUGUCUGAGAUGCGCUGCACCUAUGAAGUGACCCCAGCCACCAGGGGCAAGUGGGAGGUGGUGAUCGGUUCCAGUCACAUCCUGACCCCCAAGCACUUCCUGGAUGACAUCCAAACCCUCAACCAGCUGGACCCCGAGGAGGCCUAG